AUGCCUGUGGUGCCAGUGGGCGGAGCAACCUCCUCCCACCACGUCGUACCCAUCGCCCUCACCUGCUCCUGGCUGCUCCUGCUUUUCCACGCCACCUUCGGUCAGAAACCCGCCAAGCUGCCUCUAAUUGGACGCAAGCCCUUCAUCGCCGCCUGGAACGCCCCGCUGGACAUGUGCACCAUCAAGUACAACGUCACCACCAACGCUGACCGCCUCUUCCACAUCCACGGCAGCCCACGUGCCGACUGGACGGGCCAGAACGUCACCAUCUUCUACGCCAACCGGCUGGGCUACUACCCUCACUACACGCCGCAGGGCGCCGCUGUGCACGGCGGCCUGCCGCAGAACAGCAGCCUGGACCUGCACCUGUUCAAGGCCUACCAGGACAUCAACCACUUCAUCCCCUCGGAGGACUUCCGUGGCCUGGCCGUGAUUGACUGGGAGUUCUGGCGGCCGCAGUGGAGCCGUAACUGGCACAAGAAGGACAUCUACCGGCGCAAGUCCAGGGAGCUGACCGCCAAGGCAUACGUCAACGUGACGGCGGCGCAGGUGGAGGAGCUGGCACGGCGCCGGUUUGAGAAGAGCGCCAAGGCGUUUAUGCAGAGGACUAUUCAGCUCGGGACACGCCUUCGCCCCAACGGGCUCUGGGGUUUUUACCUCUACCCCGACUGCCACAACUACAACCUGCACGAGCAGAACUACACGGGCUUCUGCCCUCUGCUGGAGAGGCUGAGGAACGACGAGCUGCUGUGGUUGUGGAACAGCAGCACGGCACUCUUCCCCUCCGUGGCGAUCAGGAAGAGUCACACCAACAGCAUCGGCAACCUGCACUUCUCCCAGCACAGGAUCCGGGAGUCGCUCCGCAUCGCCUCGCUGACCUCCAGGGAGUACGACCUCCCCACCUACGUGUACCUGAGGCUGGGCUACAGAGACGAGGCCCUGGCCUUCCUCACCAUGAAAGAUUUGAUCCACACCAUCGGGGAGAGUGCUGCUCUGGGAGCGGCGGGCUUCGUCAUCUGGGGGGACCUGAACCUGACCUCCUCCAGGCACAACUGCACCAAGGUGAAAACCUUCCUGAGCCACCGCCUGGGCCAGUACAUCACCAACGUGACGCGGGCCGCCGAGGUCUGCAGCGACUUCCUGUGCCAGGGCAACGGCCGCUGCGUCCGCCGAGACCCCCUCGCCCGCCACUACCUCCACCUGAGCUCCGACAGCUACCACAUCCAGCCCUCCGGCGACGAGGACUUCGUCGUCAGCGGGUGGCACUCGCAGCACGAGCUGCAGCUGCUGGCCGAGAGGUUUCACUGCCACUGCUACGAGGGCCACGAGGGCGAGCGCUGCGACAGCAUUAACAAAGUGAGGGAGGACGACGGGCCUUGGGGGGAGGACGAGGACGAAGACGAGCAGGAGAGGCGGAGGACAGAGUGGGAGGACGAGCAGGGUGAACUGUGGGAGGGAAGGGAGAGCGAGGCGCCGCCGACCGGCUGCAGCUUUCACCUGAUGGUGCUGAUGCUCCUGUUGAACUUAUCGUUGGUGAAGGCAGUCGUAUGA